AUGAACUAAAAAUUAUUGUGUCACAAUCAUAAAAUAUUCAAAAUUCAUACAAGUAUGUGUGGGCAUUUUCGUUUUAUUUAGGGUCUACCGCGCAAUCGCAAUGGAAAACCUAAAUUUGUACAAAGUACUUGGCGUGACCAAAGAUGCGACCCCGGACGAAAUCAAGAAGAACUAUCGCAAAUUGGCGAAAGAAUUUCAUCCGGACAAGAACCCCGACUCGGGCGACAAGUUUAAGGAAAUAUCGUUUGCAUAUGAAGUACUCUCCGAUCCGGAGAAACGUCGCAUCUACGAUCGCCAUGGAAUCAAGGGACUGCAGGAGGGCGCGGAAGGAUUCACCGAUACCUCGGAAUUUUUUGCCCAAUGGUUCCCAUUUGGCGGCACGUCCAACGAACGUAGCAGACGCGACGGCAGAAUAAUGAUAAGAAUGGAGCUGACGCUAGAGGAAAUGUACGUGGGUGGCAAACAAAAAUCGGUGAGUUACAAGCGGCAGAAGCUAUGUGACAAGUGCAAUGGUGACGGCGGUCCACCGAAUGCGCGCGAACCCUGUGAGGCCUGCGGCGGUGUUGGCCGUGCCGCAGCAUUUACAUUUAUGGGUCUUGGCGCUUUCGAUGCGGUUUGCCCCAGCUGCGAUGGUCGAGGAUUCAACAUUAAGGAGACGAUGCGCUGCAAGCCGUGCACCGGUACCGGCUUUGUUGAGCAACAAAUGAAGCGCACAGUGGAUAUUGAGCCCGGCAUGCCGCACAUGCUGAAGAUGCCCUUUGCCAAUGAGGGCCAUCAAUUGCGCAGCGGUGAAUUUGGAGAUCUGUAUGUGAUCAUGGUACAGGCUGAGCACGCGCUCUUUCAGCGUCGUCACUCAAAUCUCUACAUGCACGAUUUAGAGAUAAAUCUGACAGAGGCCCUGUGUGGCUAUUCGCACUGCUUUAAGCAUCUGGAUGGACGAAACGUUUGCAUACGCACGCAGCCGGGCGAGGUGCUGCGACACAACCACAUUAAAAUGUUGCGCGGAUCUGGCAUGCCUGUUUUUAACAAGCCAGAAGAUCAUGGGGAUCUUUAUUUACAAUUUAAGGUCAACUUUCCGGCCAACGAUUUCGCCACGCCAGCUCAGCUAGCCACGUUGGAGGGUCUGCUGCCGCCGCGUGAACGCAUUGUUGUACCGCCCGAAGCGGAAAUCGUACAGAUGACCGACUAUAAGUCGCAGGGGCGUCGCGCCGACACCGAAGAUGAUGAUGAAUUUAAUGGCCAAUCGCCACACUUCGAAAGCGUCCAAUGCCAGACGGCUUAGUUAUGGGCAUGGGCGUAUCCGUGGCUGUUACAGGCUCGUUAUCUCGCCAUCGACCUUUGGAACCUUCUGUCAACGCUUGGCGUUGACGAGUUGUGCUUCUUAGUGCCGCUAGUCGUAUUACUAUGCAUAGUAUUAUUUUUCAUACAAGAAUGUUUGCUGUGAUCAGCGCGUGAUCAAACUUUUGGCUCAUUUUUAGGCUAGUGAAUCUCAAAUCAAACAGUUAAUUUAGCUUAGCUAAAUCAAAAUAUAAAUGUCCUUACUGUUAUUAUUAUCAUUAAGCCCUCCAAAUUCUAUGUUUAAAUAUUAACUUUAUCCUAAACUAAC